AGGUUGCUAAGCCAGCCAGGGCGGCGGCGCCAUGACGAGAGAGACCGUGGUUUUGAACCCAGGGAUGGGCGUGGGGCACCUGGUGCCCAUGGUGGAACUAGGCAAGCUCUUCCUCCGCCACGGCCUCGCUGUCACCGUCGUCGUCAACGCCCCUCCAGCCAACAAGUCCACCGACACCUCCGCCGCCGUCUCCCGGGCCGCCGCCGCCAACCCCUCCAUCCACUUCCAAGUCCUCCUUCCCCCGCCCGACGCCGUCCCAGAUCUCACCGCCAAUACCGAUUCCUUAGAGCCGCCCAACCCUUUCGUCCUCCUGCGGCUCAUGAACGCGCCGCUCAGGGACUACCUCCGGGCAAUCCUCCCCACGGUGCGCGCCCUGGUGCUCGACAUGUUCUGCUUCUGUGCGGACGCCGUGGACGUGGCCGCGGAGCUCGGCGUCCCCGCCUACGCCUUCUACACGGGGAGCGCCAGCAGCCUCGCCGUCAACCUCCACCUGCCGCACAUGCAGGCCCAGAUCGGGGACGCCACCAGCUUCGGCGACAUCGGCGACAAGACCCUCUGCUUCCCGGGGAACCGCCCCUUCAGGCCCCGCGAGCUCCCGUCGCUGGCGCUCGACCGGGGCAACGAGGUCUACAAGCACUUCCUCCACGCGUUCCAGCGGAUCCCGGAGACCUCCCGCGGCAUCGUCGUCAACACGUUCGAGUGGCUCGAAUCCAAGGCGCUGCGAGCGCUCAGGGCCGGGGAUUGCGUGCCCGCCGGGCACACGCCGCCCGUGUACUGCGUCGGGCCCAUGGUCUCCGGCGCAGGAGAAGACAAGAAGAACAAACGGCAUCAGCGGGGGCACGAGUGCCUGGGGUGGCUGGACGGGCAGCCGGAGAAGAGCGUGGUGUUCCUCUGCUUCGGGAGCAUGGGGUCGUUCCCGAAGGCUCAGUUACAAGAGAUCGCGGAGGGGCUGGAGAAAUCCGGGCAGAGGUUCCUGUGGGUGGUGCAGAGCCCGCGGAACGACGGCGGGCCGGAUCUCCUCGCCGACGCGCUCCCCGAGCCGGACCUCGAGGCGCUCCUGCCGGAAGGGUUUCUCGAGAGGACCGCCGGGAGAGGGUUCGUGGCCAAGUCGUGGGCGCCGCAGGCGGAGGUGCUGUGUCACCGGGCCACGGGCGCGUUCGUGACGCACUGCGGGUGGAACUCGACGCUGGAAGGGAUCAUGGCGGGGCUGCCGCUGGUUUGCUGGCCUCUGUACGCGGAGCAGAAGCAGAACAAGGUGUUCGUCGUCGAGGAGAUGGGGGCUGGGGUGGAGAUGGCCGGGUACGACGAGGAGGUGGUGAAGGCGGCGGAGGUGGAGGAGAAGGUGAGGUGGGUGAUGGAGUCCGAGGCCGGGCAGGCGUUGCGGGAGCGCGCCAUGGCGGCCAAGGUGAAGGCCUAUGAGGCGGUGGACGAAGGCGGCGCAUCCCGGGCCGCUUUUGCUGAGUUUCUGAGAGACUUUUAUUAGAGUUGAUCGUUUUCCGCUGCCUAUCCUUGAGGAAUACUUCUCCAGUAUGGCGCAUAUGCUUUAUCAAGGUUAAAUAUUUUGGACAAAACAGACCGCACACUUAAAUAUUUGUUUUAUUUAGGAUCAGUAUGUACAAAACAGCAGUUCAAUUUAGAGGAUUCGACAUGUACAAACUAGAAACAACAGAUCAAAUUAAGAACAAGGGCCUCGCUGCAACAAGAAUUACAUCAUCAUCCCCUAAAAAAGAAUAUAUAUUUUUUCUCUCUUGGCACAACAGCGA